AAAAACCCCGUAGCAAGAUGGCGUCUUCGGCUUCACGUGUCGCACCCGGGGUGACGUCACAACGCCCACGUGUCGCACCCGGAACGCCCGCGGCAACCAACGCACCAACAGCGUGGCACGGCAGGUCCGGUUGGUUCACAUCAGCUGGGACCUGCACCCAGACCGGGACCCCCACACAGACAGGGGGGUCCGGGAACCAAGAUCAGGACCAAUUUCCAGAGCAAGACCAGACGCGAGAUUAGUACCAGGAGCAAGAGCGGAUACCGAUACCAGAGGCAAGACCAGACCGGUAACCAAGGCGAGAUUGGUACCAGGAGCGGUGCGAGACCAAGAGCAAAGUAACAGUCCGAGUUCGGUAUAAACAAAUCAAAGCAAGCCCCUGGAGUAGCGGCAGCAGCAGGAGCAGCAGCAGGGGGUGAGAAUGGCGUACGGGCUGGUGACGGCGGGCGGCUUUGUGGCCGUGGUGGCCGUGCUGGGCGCCCUGUGGAUGCCGGAGACCUGGGACGCGGCGCUGAGGGGCCCAGCCGCCGUGCGUCUCGACCACGUCCUCUCGGCGCUCCUGCGGGCCGAGGCGCGGACUUCGAGGCCCGCGAGGCCCCGCGUCGCCAUCGGGUUUGGGGGCUGCCUGGACUGGGUGGUGGACGGCGUGGCGCUGCUGGAGCGACUCGGGGUGGAGCCGAGCGGGAAGGCCGAGCACCACGGAUUCAUCGCCGACGAGCAGCAGCUGGCACAAACCUUCGCCUACUUCUUCCCCCACGGCGCCGCCGCAGAGCGCUUCAUCUCCAACGCGUCGCUGUUCCGCCGGCUGGCCGAAGAGGCGGCGCUUGUGCCCGGCGCUCGCUGGUCACUCGGAGGGAACGCCCCCGUUAUGGCGAACCGCAUGGCGUCCGAGGGCUGUGACGUUCUGCUCGGAGCGCGUCUCCCCCACAGCCUCCUGCAGGUUAUGAGGCCAGAGGUUAGAGUGGCCGGGCAGCCCGUGGAGGAGGCCGACACUCACCUGAUCCUCGAAUAUCCCACGGGCGCUCGCUGGGGGAACUACACAUCCAAGCGCGCCAACAGGUUCAUCGUGCACAGCGAUACCCACAAUGCCCGGCUGGAGUCGCUGGAGGCAUUUCAUUCCGAGCUCGCCGCCUUCCAGCCGGCGCUGCUUGUCGUCGGAGGACUCCAGAUGAUGGACAACUUUCCCUUCCCUCCUGGCGAGCGUGUGCGCAGGCUGCGGGCCGUGCGCGCCUCCAUGUUGGCCGCCCGCUCCUCAUCCGCUGGCGCCGACGGCGGCGACGCCCUCGUCCACUUUGAGAUGGCGUCCUUCUCGGACUCGUCGCUGCUCGCCGAGCUGCUGGACGAGCUGCUGCUGCCGGCGGCCGACUCGCUGGGCAUGAACGAGCAGGAGCUGCCCAACCUUCGCGGCCUCCUCGCCGGCGGAGACGUCACGCUGGUUGCCGACGCAAACCCCCGCGUCGCCGCCGUGCUCGACCAGAUGCGCGAGGUGUACGGCGCCGUCAGGGCCCGCCAGCGCCGCGCGGGGAUCGGGCGGCUCCUCACCCGCCUCCACGUCCACACGCUCGCCUUCCAGGCGAUCAUGACGGCUCGCAACUCGACUUGGAAGUCGGGGAUGUCGGCGGCCGCCAAGGCCUCACUCACGGCCAAUCGGCACGUGUGCGGCUCCGCGGACAUCGACGCCGCCAAGGCGCGGCUCAUCAUGGACGACUCGUUUGCCGCCAGCCGCGGGCCCGAGAGCCGCCGCGUGGCCGUCGACCCCAACCGCCCCGUGGCGUGCUGGGAGGAGGAGGAGAUGGUCGACUACGACGCGGGAGAGGCCGACGGGGGGUACGACGCGCAGGGCGAGGACGAUGACGAGAAGCGGGCCGGACGGGGAGCCGGGGGGCGACGCGGCCGCACGUAUGAGCUGUGCGUCGCGCCCGUGCUCGUGUGCACGGACGUGUUCCAGACUGUGGGCGGCGGGGACAACAUCUCGGCCGCGGGGCUCGUGUUGCAGAUUUGAUGAAGGGAAGAGCAAUCACUUUUGAUUUCCCACAGUGGGAUUUAUUAACCCCUGAGUGAGGAUGGGUUCUCAAGAGAUUUGGCAACCUAUCCAAUUGUGAUAAAGUACAGUGUCGCCCGGCCAUAGGAAUGUGGAAUUUCCACCACUGACUCAGGGCCACCAAAAGAGAUGAGCAUCACCCAGUGCCUUGUUUGACCAUGGGAACUCUUUGACUUUUUAAGUAAAUAUCCCUUUAUCCCCCUUGCCCCCCCCCCCCCCAUGCCAGAGAUGUUUAAUAUUAUUUUUUCCCUCAACUGCUUAACUUCCAUUCCACUUCCGAGAAACCACUUGCACGCGGGAGAUGGGUUUGUUGGCUCAGGUGACUCAUAAUGGCUGUCGUAGCUGUGAGCCAGUAGCACUAAAAUCCUGUGGUUGGGAAUCCUGACAUUGAAAAGAAACCGGGUUCUUUUGUGUAGCAGGUUUUGGUGAUAACAUACCUUAUGUCCAAUGACUGCACACACAAACACAAUCUCAUGAAAUGUUAUUUAUGCAAGCCUAGGUAUGAAAGCCAUAUCAUUUGUAAAGAGAUGAUUUUGUGCGAUAUCUUGGUUGACAUGGGACCUGGUGCAUGGAAUGCAAUGGAGCCCCCUUUUCAAUUUCGCCCAUUUCGCCACUCUUUGUUAAGCCGGUGCCUGGGGCCUUCGGCGCUACGGGCCCUGGGUGCAGUUGUACCGCCUGCACACUCGAUAGCUACGCCACUGAUUAUAGCGUCAGUGACAAUGACCAAAUAAGUUUUGCGUCAUAUUUUCAAAUGUCUUCUACGUAUGGUUUGACGAUCACCAGAAGUGAAUUUCGUACCACUGAAAGAGUUUAUCAUAAAGCGUGGUCACAUCUGUGUUGCAUAACAGUGCAAUUCAAUAGAUAUACCUCCUGUCAGGGGAACGACACGUGGAAAUGAUGGAGUCAAGGAUGGAAGCUCAGACACGCAGUUAUGCUUCCAUUACCGGUGGAUGCAGCAUGGAUGGUUAUGGUGAUGGUGGUCGUGGUUUGUGAUGGGUUUUUAUGGGUGAUGGUGAUGGUUCCGGUGGGUGUAUGUCCAGGUUAAUAUGCUUGAUAAUAAAAAAAAUGUGAAUGUUUUGGAAUUCUGCAAUGGUUAAAUUAUAAUAAAAAAAGUUUAAAAUAUUA